CCCAGCAUCCAACUUCCCAACCAGGAUGCCGAGUAUGUUAGCCACAUUGCAAUUGACAUCGGUGGAUCACUCAUCAAGCUCGUUUACUUCUCUCCUGACCCGAUCGACACGGGAAGCGCGGGUGAAGGGGAUACGCCGUCGGGGUCGCCUCCGGUCAACUCGGAGGGCUUGUCGCAGGCCUCGUCUCGGUCGCCGCAACAAAACUCCCAGCGCGGCAAGCUCCACUUUGUGAAAUUCGAGACGAACCGUGUGGAGGACGCCAUCAACUUCAUAGAGGCCAAGGGGCUGCACCGGUACUGCGGGAGGAACGGAACCAAGGAGAUGCGGGUCAAGGCAACGGGCGGCGGUGCCUACAAGUAUGCUGACGUGUUCAAGGAGCGCCUGGGGGUGGUGCUGGAGAAGGAGGACGAGAUGGCGUGUCUUGUGUCGGGAUGUAACUUCCUGCUCAAGGCCAUCCACCAUGAGGCGUUCACGUACGAGGCGGGGGCGACCACCUUUGUGCCGACUAAUGAGGACAGCGACCUGUACCCGUACUUGUUGGUCAACAUUGGUUCCGGAGUUAGCAUGGUCAAAGUCAGCGGCGAUAACCUGUUUGAACGGGUCAGCGGCAGCAGCAUCGGCGGCGGCACCUACUGGGGCUUAUGUCAGUUGCUGACUCAGCGAACCAACUUUGACGAAAUGCUGGAACUGAGUGUACGGGGAGACAACUCCAGUGUUGACAUGUUGGUGGGAGACAUCUACGGAGGCCGGGACUACGCCUCCAUUGGGCUCUCCGCCACCACCAUUGCCAGUAGCUUUGGAAAGGUCGUCACCCAGGAUAAGUCACUGGCCGACUACAAUCCGGCCGACAUGUGUUUGGCGCUGUGCCGUAUGGUGGCGUACAACAUUGGACAGCUGGCCCACAUGAAUGCCGUACGACACGGCAUCAAGAGGAUAUUUUUUGGGGGUUUUUUCAUUCGAGGACAUCCGUACACCAUGGAGACCAUCAGUUACGCCAUUCGCUUCUGGUCCAAGGGGGAGAUGGCCGCGAUGUUUCUCCGGCACGAGGGGUUUCUGGGGGCGGUGGGGGCCUUCCUCAAGGUGCACCCCAUCAUGGGGGUGGGGGGCGGGGUCCGGGCUCGCUUUGUGGAGCGGUUCUCAAUGGGUGCUCCCCUCACCGGGGGGGCGGUGGUGGGACCCGCCAUACGCGACGUGUCGGAGAAGGUCAAGUGGGUUGAGAAGUUUGUGGGGGAGGGGGGGCAGGGGAAGGCCCCGGUAUCAUUGUCCGAUUUCGCCUUUCACGGCCUCCCCCGCUUCCUUUCAACCUCGUUCCUUGGACUUGGGAAUAUGUCAAUCCCGCUAUCUCUCCAGCCACAACACCUCCCUCCUCCCCCCUCUGUCACCUCUCUUCCCACUUCCCCCCCCACCUCUCUCCCUGCCCCCCAACUUUUCUCCCCGCCCCCAACACACGCCUCCCCCCAACACACGCCUCCCCCCAACACACGCCUCCCCCCAACACACGCCUCCCCCCAACACACGCCUUCCAGGGCAUUCGGUGCCCAUCUGGACCGCCUGCAGUCCGAGCCCGGUUGCUACGGCGCCCUGGGGCUGGCGGAGCUGUUCACCAUGAGGGAGGAGUGUCUGCGGGAGUUUGGUUUCGGAGACGUGUACCGCCUGGACAAGCAGCGUGAGAACGCCGCCGCCCUUGCCGUACUCCCCGACUUGCUCCGGGAGUUGGACGCCGAGGAGCCCCUCUCCAGCCGCCUGCUCAGUCUGGUCGAGGGGGUGUUGGCGGCCAACAUCUUUGACUGGGGCAGCCAGGCGUGUGUGGCGCUCUACCGCAACGGCACCAUCCUCGACAUCUACCGCUCAGCCCGACUGCGGCUCUCUAAACGUCCCUGGGCGCAGGAGGAGGAGGAGGAGAAGGGGGAAAGGAAGGACGGGGCGGCAGCAGUGGCGAAGCCGCCGCCGCCGCCGCCGCCGCCGCCUUACCGUCGUGUGAUGAUGUUUGUGGAUAACAGUGGUGCCGAUAUUGUACUGGGCAUGUUGCCCUUUGCCCGGGAGAUGUUGAAGCUUGGGUGUGAGGUGGUGCUGGUGGCGAACUCGCUUCCCGCCAUUAACGACAUAACGGCUCCGGAGCUGCGGGCGUUACUCAGUACGGCGGCGGCGGUGUGCCCCGUCAUUAAGGCGGCUCGGGAGGCGGCAAUUAAGCCGGCGGUAGCUGGUCCCCUGGGACACCGCCAGCAGCAGCAGCAGCAGGGGGCUCUGUACGUGGUGGCUAAUGGACAGGGGAGUCCGUGUCUGGAUCUAAGACGGGUGCCCGACCGCCUGGGCGAGGCGUGUGUGGGAGUGGACUUGCUCGUCAUUGAGGGCAUGGGCCGUGCCAUCCACACCAACCUCAACGCCAAGUUCACAUGUGACGUUCUCAAACUGGCCAUGAUCAAGACGGAGAGGUUGGCCAAGAAGCUUUUCAACGGAGCUCUGUACGACUGUGUCUGCAUAUUUGACCAGGUCAAAGUCAACGAUGCGGACGAGGAAGAAGGGAGCUGA